UUCAUGUAUAUAAAUAUCUCCAAUGUCCUCAUGUUCUAUAUGUAUACACAUUGGUUUGAGUUUCAGUUAGGGCUAACUACCCCAUCUGAGAUCAUGGAGAGCCCAAACACCAAGUCUGCUCAUAAGUUUGCGAAAUCGCAGUCUGCAAUUCAAUCUACUGCUAGUAAGGGAGUGGUGAGAUCCAUUUCACCUCAACAUGCCAACAAAAGUCCUUCUUUGGUUUCUCAAAAGGGUGCAAAAGAAAACACCAAGCCUCAGGAUUUCAAACUCCACACCCAGGAAAGAGCUGCCAAACGGGCGUUAUUCAACUACACGGUUGCAACCAAACUAUACCUCCUAGAGCGACAAAAGAAACAGAUAGAGAAGCUGCAGAAGAUGAUAGAGGAGGAAGAGGUAAAGAUGCUGAGGAAGGAGAUGAUUCCUAGAGCUCAAUUGAUGCCCUUCUUUGAUAGACCCUUCUUCCCACAAAGAUCAAAUAGGCCUUUAACAGUUCCUAGAGAGCCAAGUUUCCACAUGGUUGGUGGCAAAUGCUCAAGCAGUAUCUCUUGCAUUUAGCUUUGCAAACUUCAACAUAAUGAAGCCCUCUAAGUAACUCCUGGUUUAUCCAUGAGAGUCUCUUCAGUUUUCUCUCUCUGUCUCUCUGUCUCUGUCUCUGUCUCUGUCUCUUAAAAUUGUUCUGUCAUUGCAGUGUAUGCAUGUUAUAGAGAGCUAUUGUAUAGAGUUAUUAAGCCAGUGUUAAAAUGUAGUACUUGUGUAUAGCAGGGCUUCAGAAUUAGCAUCUUCGCCUAGCUGAAGAUCUGAAAUAAGAAGACUUUGUAUUUUGAUCUGUUUCAUCAAUGCAUGCAGAGAUUUCUUGUCCA